GAUUCCAAAAAACUUCUUGAGCAAGUUAGAAAGGCAGUUAGCAUUUUUGAACAGACACAACCGGAGUGUGUUGGUAUAUUUCUCUUUAAUAAUGCCACGUCUCAUGAAGCUUUUUCUGAAGACACUCUUGUGGCUUCAAAAAUGAACCUUGGACCAAAUGGAUUAGUUUCAAAAAUGUGUGAUACAACGUAA